UUGGUCGGAAUAUUAAACCGGACUCGUGACGAGAAAAUUAAUGUAAACCGGGUUUUAGAGAUAACCGGUUUAACUUUUAUUUUUAAUUCGGAAACCGGUUUGAGUAUAUAGGGAUUAAUCAUCUGAUGAUCUUUUAAAAUUGGCCGUCAUCUUCAACCUCCGUCUGGCGAAAUUAGGGUUUAGAAUCUGUGGAAGCUUUGCUGAUAUCAAUCAAAUGGGUCGUUUCAAAAACAAUAAGAAGGGUAGGGUCAAUGUGAAGCCAAUUGCGAUGAAGAAGAACAAUCAAGCGAAUGUUGAUCACGUCACUGGUGACAAGAUCCCAAAAAGCUUCGUCUUUUCGAGGACGAAGCUUCCCGCCUCUGUCAAACAGCUUCAGAUGGAUUUGAGGAAGCUCAUGCUUCCCUACACUGCUCUCAGUUUAAAGGAGAAGAAGAGGAACACUUUAAGAGACUUUUUGAAUGUAUCUGGUCCAAUGGGUGUUACUCAUUUCCUUAUGCUAAAGAAGACAGCGUCUGCGUUGUCUCUGAGAGUAGCGAGAACCCCUCAGGGUCCUACUCUCACGUUCAAGAUUCAUCAGUACUCGCUAGCUUCGGAUAUAGCUCAGUCUCAGCUUCGGCCUAGAUGUCCUCCAGAUCUUUUCAAGAAUCCCCCUUUGAUUGUACUUUCUGGAUUUGGUACUCAAGAGCUGCAUCUGAAGCUAGCUACGAUCAUGUUUCAGAACAUAUUCCCAGCUAUUGAUAUCAACACUGUCAAGCUCUCCACAUGUCAGAGAUUAGUACUUUUGAACUACAACAAAGACACAAAACUCAUUGAUUUUCGGCAUUAUUCCAUAAGGCUUCAGCCUGUAGGAGUGUCUCGUAGGCUCAGAAAGUUUGUGGAAAAGCAUGAGGUUCCUGAUCUUAGGAAUCUGCAGGAUGUUAGUGAUUUUGUCACCAAGGCUGGUUAUGGAUCAGAGAGCGAAGGAGAUGAAGAAGCGGCGACAGUGACACUAUCAUCUGAUUUAGGCAGAGUUAAUAGGGGGUCCACAAAGAGUGCAGUGAAACUGCAAGAGAUUGGACCGAGGAUGACAAUGCAGCUAGUUAAAGUGGAGGAAGGGUUGUGUUCAGGAGGAAUCAUAUUUGAUGAAUCUGAAAAUGGGGAUGAAAAGAUAGCGAAGAAGAAGCAAAAUGAAGAUGGUGAAGAAGAAGAAGGUGAAGAGGGUAGUGAAGAAGAAGAAGAAGGUGAAGAGGGUAGUGAAGAAGAGAUGGAUGAAGAUCUUGAAUAAUUGAGACUUGGGAAAAGCAAGUUUUGUUCUGUGUGUUACACUAUAACUAUGUGUGCCUUUAGAUUGAGACUUGAGAUAAAGCAAGUUUUGUUCUUUGAAUCUCUUAAGUAGAUAAAGCAAGUUUUGUUCAAAAAAAAAAAAAAAAAAGACAUCUAUUGUCGGGCUAAAUAUACACGGUUAGACUCUACUUGGUCGUUUAAAACGUAAAUACGUUUAAAAUCACUAAAUUGGUGACGUUUGAAUAAUUUAAAAUAAAUUUGACUUAUGUACCCUCAAAUGUUUAUAUAUAUAGCGAGUUAAUUGCACAACGUGUGUAAGCAGGUAAUGUACAAAAGCAGAAAGUGCAAUUUGAUCUUCUUUUUUUUUGUCAUUAGAAAUCAUGAAAUUGUAUCUUUGUCAAAAGACAAGGGGAUGAAACAAACAAAGUACUGAAAUAAAACUCAUAACAAGCUCCACUAGGAGAUUCAAAGCAUAGAGAAAAGAUGAUCAAUCUGAUGUGAUCAUCUUUUCUCUGUGCUUUGAAUCUCCAAGUGCAAUGUGAUCAAUCUGAUGUAUUUCCGUUUCGAAUUAAUAUGUCUAGUAUCCACAUAAAUGCUUUCUAAUUGUUUGAAAUAAGUGCAAGGAAGAAAAAAAAUGCUUGCAAACUAUAAACUCAUUGAUGGAUGCUGUGUUGAACACUGAACAGAUGUCUAUUCAACUCGAAUGAAUCUACAAAUAUCAAAUGUUUCCUCUCCAAAUUUAGUGGAAAGUGAACGAUAAAAAUAAGUUUUCAGCGAUGACCGAUAACAGUUGAUCCGAAACACAGCACAAUUCUAUCUUAAUAUGCUACAGCAGAAAACACAAAUAAAAUCAAAAACAACAUAAAGAAAAUCUUAUCUUUCCUUUCAAACACUGUUCUUCUCAA